AUGACUGACGCGACGAUGCCCGACCUCAGCAACCUGACUGACGAAGAACGUCGUAUUAUCGAGGAGGUGCUCGAACGACAGAAGGCGGAGGAGACCAAGGAAAUGCAGCUGCAGCAGAAAUACGAGAAGGAACUGGCCGAGAUCGAGCAGCAGAUCAACGAACGCAAGGAGAACGCCAUGAAGCUGAUAGGCACGAUGGACGACGCGAUUUGCCAGAUAUGCCAGAAGACGAAGUUCGCCGACGGAAUAGGUCACAAAUGUUACUACUGUCAGUUGAGGUCGUGCGCUCGGUGCGGAGGACGGAUCCAGAUCAAAGUGAAGGUGAAAAUGACGUUUAGCAUUCUUCUGCCAAGUAAACUGGUCGUUGCUGUCCAUCGACAGGUUUCCUCCUCCUCUUCUAUGGUUCGUGCCCACAGUUCUGAAAUGCCUAAAAUCUUCCGUAUUUAA